UUCAGAAUAGCAUCAUUUGAUGUGACUGACCCCCACUGCCAGACCCACUCUGCCGGCGGCGUGCGUGCCACAGCAGCCAUACCCCGCGAAGGGAAGAAGACGAGCUACCCAUCGUCCGCUGAUUUCUACUUCUCUAUCUCAGCAUUUCAAACUCGUCCCACAAUGCCCGUGAAUCAGAAAUUUCAAGGAGGGAAAGCCUUUGGAUUAUUAAAAGCUCAACAAAGGGAGCGAUGCGAAGAAAUAAACAAGGAAUACAUGGAAGACCAGAAAUAUCGGGAUGAAGAAGACCUCCCGGAAAAACUGGAUUCCUUUAAAAACAAGUAUGCAGAGUUUGACCUGAAUGACCAGGGAGAGAUUGAUAUGAUGGGUCUGAAGAGGAUGAUGGAGAAGCUGGGUGUGCCCAAGACCCAUCUGGAGAUGAAGAAGAUGAUCUCUGAAGUGACUGAAGGCAGCAGCGACAGCAUCAACUACAGAGACUUCGUCAAGAUGAUGCUGGGCAAACGCUCGGCUGUCCUUAAACUGGUGAUGAUCUUUGAGGAUAAGGCCAACGGGGCCAGCUGCAAGCCAGACGGGCCUCCACCCAAACGUGACAUAGCCAGCCUGCCGUAGAACCAGAGCGUCCAGAGUCCUAGGGACCCAAGCCCAACCAUCUCACCAUCCUCAGCCCCUACCAGGGCCCCUGCCCUCGACCAGGGACAUGUGUACAUAGCCUUAUCAACUCCCCACCUCAGGACUCGCACGUCCCAGAAGGAAGGUGG